AUGGCCUCCGUCUUCCACGCCCUCCCGCAGCUGCGCGCAGCUGCGCCGCGACUCGCUCGCCGCCUGUUCGUGUGUCGCCCCUGCCUCGGUUCGCCCGCCCGCGCCUUCCCCGUCCGCGCCUCUCCCCGCCAGCCCUCCGUCCUGCAGUCCGUGAGAUGCAAGUCCACCCAGCCAUUGCGGAGCAACGUCGCCACGGCCGAAGGCGCAAUUGCAGAAGCAGGCCCAAAGAUUCGUGCCAAGAGCAGCAGCUGGCCCGAGACGAGCAACAGGAGCGUUGCAUACUGGCUGCUGGGCAGCGCCGCGAGUGUCUUUGGCAUCGUCAUCUUCGGCGGCUUGACGAGACUGACAGAGUCAGGUCUGAGCAUAACCGAAUGGCGUCCCGUAACCGGUUCCCUGUGGCCGGGGAGUGAGGCCGAGUGGGAGAGCGAAUUCGACAAGUACCGGGCGUCGCCCGAGUUCAAGCAGCUCAAUUCGACCAUGGACCUCGCCGACUUCAAGCAGAUCUACUUCAUGGAGUGGGCUCACCGCCUGUGGGGCAGAGCCAUCGGCAUCACCUUCUUGCUCCCCACCGGCUACUUCAUCGCCCGUCGAAGAGUCACACCGUCAAUGGCCUGGAAACUCACGGGAAUCUGCGGCAUGAUCGGCUUUCAGGGCUUCAUCGGCUGGUGGAUGGUCAAGAGCGGACUCAAGGAUGAUUUGUUCGCAGAGGGCAGCCAUCCGCGUGUGAGUCAGUACCGCUUGACUGCCCAUUUAGGCGCCGCCUUCCUUGUCUACUGUUCCAUGUUGUACACCGGACUCGGUAUCUUGAAAGAGCGUCGCAUGCUCGCCGAUCCUGCCAAAGCGGCUCAGUGGGUCCGUACCAUCAAGCAUCCUGCGCUCCGCAUCUUCAGAGGUUCUGUCGUUGGGUUAUCCCUUCUCAUCUUCACGACUGCCAUGUCCGGAGCUCUCGUCGCUGGACUGGACGCUGGACUGAUCUACAAUGAGUUCCCCUGGAUGGGUCUUGGUCUUACUCCACCAAAGAAGGAGCUUUUCGAUCCUUUCUACAGCCAUGUCCCUGACCAGUCCGAUCUGUGGUGGCGCAACAUGCUCGAGAAUCCCUCCCUCGUUCAGCUAGACCACCGCAUCCUCGCUACUACCACUUUCACUGCCGUCCUCUCGUUCUUUGCCUAUACCCGCUUCUCCAAGUCCGUGCGAGCUAAGCUCCCUAAGGACGCCCGCAAGGGCGUCUUGGGUCUCGUCCAUCUCGUCUCCAUGCAAGCUGCUCUUGGUAUCAGCACUCUCAUCUACAUGGUCCCUACCUGGCUUGCCUCCGCGCACCAGGCCGGCGCCCUAGCUCUUCUUACUGGCGCUGUGGUCCUUUACAGCAGGAUAUCUAUGCCGCGACGCGCGAUUUUACGACAGAUCAUGAACAAGCCCUAUGGUCCGACGAGUGCCCAGGUCCAGCCUCUCAAGUCUCGCAUGACCGCUUCCCAAUCUCAAUCAUAA